CCACAUCAUCUUUCACUAAUACCCAUGUCAUGCCACUAACUUCCAACAUCUUACUGUAACCUCUUCGUGCGGUUGAACUGUGCUUUAAAUCAGCUUUGGCCUGUUUGCUUGGCUGAAAAAGCAUGACUGAAAGUACUAUUAACUAAUAUGUUGUGAGAGAAAAAUACUGCUAAAUGACUACUAGAUUCGGCACAUAAACUUAAGCGAACUAUCAGAUUGCCCUUGCUUGUUUAGUUGUGUGAGUAGGCACGAUGUUCAGCAGAGCCUUGCAGGUGAUUCUCAGGGAGAAGAAGAGCAGGACGAUUGGUCCAGCCUUGGUCCAUGCCUUCAACUCGGCUUCCAGCUCUCAAACUCAGAGGCUGGCUGGAAAGGUCGCCGUCAUCACCGGGGGCGCGAGCGGCAUCGGCAAGGCGACCGCAGCCGAGUUCGUGAGAAACGGGGCGAGGGUCGUCAUCGCCGACAUCCAGGACGACCUCGGCCGUGCCGUUGCCGCCGAGCUCGGACCCGACAACGCGUGCUGCUACACCCACUGCGACGUCGCCGACGAGGCGCAGGUCGCCGCCGCCGUGGACCUCGCAGUGGCCCGCCACGGCCAGCUCGACGUCAUGUUCAACAACGCCGGCAUCACGGGCUCCCCCGGGUGCGGGUGGCCACCGCUCGGCGCCGUGGACCUCGCCGACUUCGACCGCGUCAUGGCCGUCAACGCCCGCGGAGUGCUGGCGGGGCUCAAGCACGCCGCGCGCGUCAUGGUGCCGCGCCGCCGCGGCAGCAUCAUCUGCACCGCCAGCGUCGCCGGCCUGUGCGGCGGCAUGGUUGCCGUCGCGUACAGCGCCUCCAAGGCGACGGUGAUCGGCCUGGUGCGCGCUGUGGCGGCGGAGAUGGCGUCCUCCGGGGUGCGCGUCAACGCCAUCUCUCCCUACGCCGUCCCGACGCCUCUGGCGCUGGCAGCGGUCGCCUCGAGGCAAUCGAUGAGGGGAUUGAGCGCCGAGGAGAUUAAGCGGAGGGUGGAGAUAGACUCGAACGUGAUGUACGGGACGAAGUUGGAGGAGGACGACAUCGCGAGGGCGGCACUCUACCUGGCGUCCGACGACGCUAAGUAUGUCAACGGCCACAACCUCGUCGUCGACGGCGGCUUCACGGUGAGCAGAGAAGUACCAAAAAUCCUGGCACAAGCACGCCCAAGGAGUGAUGAACGGUCCGCAUGGAUUUUACUUCGUGGGCGCUGCUGACUUGCUGUACACCAGAAUCCGUGAUGGUCUCUCACGACCAGCAAAUAAAGCCCGGACGCCACUAGGUUAUUGCCAACAUGGGAUGGGCGACGGGGCCACGGUCGUCUUAGCAGCGGCAGUUAGCCUUUCAGUUGGAUAAAUCUCCAUUUCUUCCUAAGCUCAAUAUGUUUUAUCAUGUACUAGUUGAAAAUAUUUGAGAAAAUAAAAUUCUACUCAGUCUAUUCUAAAUAUUU